AAAAACUAUACCAAUGUAAAAUAAUCAACAUGUGUAACUUCAAUAAGAAAUGACUCCCACUCCAAGCGAGGGAUCAAUACCAUAGGCGGUUUAUCCAUCAAUACAGAAUCAAUAGAUCUAAGUUGGAUAACCAAUUUCAUAAGUAAUUCCAGCCUAAUAGAUGAUGCACCCAGGUCCUUAUUAGCAAUAGCCCUAUUCUUAGGCUGAUUUGCCAAUUUAUAACCCACAACCAAUUCAAAUAGGUAAGAUAGUUGUAUAUUGUAGUUUAACCCAUAUAUUCCAAAUACCCAAGCAUCAUAACUUGUGUGUACUGCUAAAGACAGGUGCAAACCGUUGUGAAUUACGAAGCAGGCACUGGAACUUACUUGGUUGGAGGGAUAUUGGCAGCUGUUGGAUUGUGGUUAGGGUAUGUAUAAAUUUAAAAUUAAAAGUUGCUGUUUAAUACCGUGCUUCAUUUAAGAUUGCAAGGAUGCCGUUCACUUUUGUCCUUCAUGUCAGGCCAACGUGGGAAAGAAGAGAUUUAUUUUUGAUUGAUUAAAAUAUGUAUUAUGGAAUGUGUAGAU